AUGUUUUUCAGGUCGAUUGCGUGUCUGAUUACCACCUUUGUAUUGUGCACGAUAGGCGUGACGGCCACGGGUAGCACAUACUCACCAGUGGCUUUGACACUGCCCUCUUUCACCAAAGAGUGUUUGUACUUCGAUUUGGUGUCAAACGAUGACUCUAUUGUUAUAAGUUACCAAGUUCUAACUGGUGGCAACUUCGAAAUUGACUUCGAAAUCACGGCGCCGGAUGAAUCCGUGAUCGCCACUGAAAAGCAGAAGAAGUACUCGGACUUCUUACUGAAAUCGUUCGGUUUGGGCCAGUACUCGUUCUGCUUCUCCAACAGCUAUGGCACCGCUUUGAAAAAAGUAGAAGUGACCUUGGAGCUGGAGAAAGAGAACUUGGGGGCCCAUUCCGCCCCUGAAGAUGCUAUUUCGAGUCACUCGAUCGAGGAAAUCGAAAGAAAUCUUAACAAAAUCACAAAGAUGAUGAACUACCUCAGAGCUAGAGAGUGGAGAAACAUGUACACCGUCAAGUCCACAGAAAGCAGACUAGUGUGGCUUUCCAUGUUGACCAUGGGGCUGAUGGUCGGCGUUAGCGUUAUUCAAGCCACCAUAGUACAGUUCUUGUUCAAAGACCGCCAAAAAAACUACGUAUAA